AUGGGUAUCAAAUGCGAACAAGAAUGCCCACCUGAUCGCUAUGGUCCCAACUGCACAGAGAAGUGUCUUUGUCAGAAUGGUGGCCGGUGCGACCGUAACGGGAAAUGCGAAUGUCUGGAUGGAUUCGCCGGCGAGUUUUGCCUUCGAAAAUGCGAUGAAGGCAAAUUUGGUGCGAACUGUAAAUUCGAAUGCAACUGUAAAAACGGAGCCACCUGUGAUGCUGUCAACGGACGAUGUAUUUGUGCAUCUGGAUUCAGUGGACCAACUUGCGAAGAUCGAUGCCCACUUGGUUUUUAUGGUAAAAACUGCUCAAAGCUAUGCGACUGCCUGAACAACAACAAAUGCGAUUCGGUGACGGGGAAAUGCCUCUGCGUUGGAUGGAUGGGAGAGAAAUGCGAGCGUGGUUGCCCCAAAGGCUAUUACGGUCCAAUGUGCUCCAAGAAAUGUGACCUUUGCAAUGGUAUAUCCUGGAAUGAUUCGAAUGCAGCUUGCGACCCCGUGACAGGUGCCUGCAAAUGCGAACGAGGAUACAAGGGCCCUGACUGUAAACAGAGAGUAUGUGAUGAGGAUAUGUAUGGGCAGGACUGCUCCAAGCAAUGCACCUGUAUAAUGGAGAAUACGGAAUCAUGUGCUCCUGACACCGGCUUAUUGUCGAUGCAAACCUGGUUUCGCUGGGGAUUCAUGUGA